UUAUCUUGCACGCGUUUCUGCAAUUUCCUCAAUAGAAAUUCCACUUUUAUAGUCUUAUCUGUCGUAUUAAUGUGUUAUUUAAGCAAUUAUAACAGUAUAAUUUAUAAAAAUCUCUGUUGAAAUGUGGCUUGAUAUCUUGCAUGCCAUUUAAGUUAGUUAAAAAUAAUGAUUUAGUUGGGUUAUGGAGGGUACAGACGAGUGCAGACGUUUAAGAGAUGGUAGCGAUGAUGAAGGAGAGAAUGUCCUUCCAGGAAAAAACAGGAUACAGAAUGACAACUUGCAAGAGUUGAAUGGGAUGGUAAACAUUGAGAAGGAGGAAUAUAAAAUAGAAAUGGAUGCCAUUUCGCCUAAAAAAUCAACGUUGAAGAGGCAGACUACUCGUAGGGAAUUCUUCCUACCGAUCCAUCAGGUUGUGAGAAAUGGGAAUGUGGAAGCUCUGAAGUGUUUUCUGAAUAAUAUGGAUGCUAAAUCCAUCAAGAAGCAGAUUAAUUCCUUGGACGAUAAGAAUAUGACUCCGUUGCAUUACGCUUCCCGUUAUAAUCAUUUGGCCAUUGUAAAGUUGUUGUUGGAAUAUGGAGCGGAAAUUAAUAGAAGAGGAGAAGAUGAUAUUUUACCGCUGCAUGUUGCUUCUAGAUAUCGUCGGCCAAGUAUGUCACCUGUUACAGAUGAAGUAGAUGCUUCUUACAGCUCUGUAAUUGGUCUAUUAAUUUCUAGAGGUGCUUCCGUUAAUUGUAAAGAUAGAUAUGGGCUGACGCCAUUACACUAUGCAGCUAUGAGAGGAAACGUAAUGGCUGCUAAAGAGCUCCUACAAAAUCCAACUAUAAACAUUCGGGUUACGGAUAAACAAGACAUGAUGCCGUUGCAUCUCGCUGCAAAUUAUGGAAAUUACAAAAUUGUGGAAUUAUUAAUUGAAGCUGGUUCUCCCAUAUUAGUCUACGAUGAACAGUUUCAGACUCCUCUCCACAAAGCUGCAGCAGAAGGUUACAGUGAUAUCGUAGAGCUACUGUUGAAAGUUGCCAAAGAAGAAAGUCUAGAUAUAAUGAAAGAAAUAAUUGCAGAAAAAGACGAAGAUGACAAUUCCGCUCUUCAUCUUGCGGUCGAAAAAGGACAUUUUAAUGUGACGAAAAUUCUGUUGGAACACGAUGCGGAUGUAAAUUCUUCCGGAGAAUUUCGCAUGUAUCCAUUACAUUUGGCUUCAACGAUAGGCAGCUUGGGUAUCGUGAAACUUUUAAUUGAGUAUAAUGCUCAAGUAAAUUGUUUAAAUUAUCAACAAGAGACACCACUGCAUAGGGCUGCAUCAUUCAAUCACAAAGAUAUCAUAGACUAUCUAAUUAAACAUGGUGCUUUGAUAGAAUGCCGCUGCAUAAAUCAUUUCACUCCUCUGUUACUUGCUGCCAAAGAAGGUCAUAUCGAUGCCAUAAAGAUAUUAUUAGAGAACAAUGCAGACGUUUCAGUUGUCGACAGAAACGAGAAAUCAGUUGUUUACUGGUUAUGCGAAAGGAACCAUCCCGAAGCAUUGAAAAUAUUAUUGGAAGAUAGUUUUGCACCAAAUUUAAUUUUCAAAGAAGAUGCUUAUGAAAAUAAUCCUCUGCAUGUUGCAGCAGAACAUGGAUAUGCCGACGUAUUAAAAAUUUUGUUAGAGCAUGGAGCUGAUAUUCACAGUAAAAAUGAAGAUGAGGAAACUGCAUUACAUCUUGCAGCUCAAUCAGGACAUAGAAAUGUCGUAAAGCUUUUGUUGGAGACGAACAAAUCUAUAGUAAAUGCCGAAGAUGAGGAAAAGAAUACUCCACUUCAUGUUGCUGCACUUAAAGGACAUCAGAAAGUAGUAAUAGAUUUGUUAUAUGCCGGUGCAAAUGUAGAAUCAAGAAAUUGUAAUUUGUGGACUGCUUUAGACUGUGCUGCUUAUGGUGGUUGGUUGAAAACGGCAAGAAUUCUUCUUAAAGCUGGUUCUCCCGUCGAUCCUUUAGACAAAUCCAAAACGACACCACUUCAUUUAGCCGCAUCCAAAGGGCAUGCAAAAGUCGUGGAAAUGCUUUUAGAAUUUAAUGCUAAAAUCGGUCAAGUCGAUGCAGAAAAUAAUAAUUGUCUAGAUUUGGCAAUUAGAUCGAAUCAGAGGGAAGUUGUUUUAGUUAUAAUUAAUAAUAAAAACUGGAAAGAUGCUUUACGAAACUUUACUACCAGUAGUAAAUAUGGUAUUCAUCAAACUCCAUUGAGAAAACUUAUUAGACAUAUGCCGGAUGUUGCGGAACAAGUGUUUGAUAAAUUUAUAACAGAUAACGGAUAUAAUAGUGAACACCCAAAACUGAAAAAAUACUAUAAUUACGAGUUUCUGGACGAUAUGUUUGUUACUUCAUUCAGUUUUGAAAGUCGAGGAAGUAGAGAAAGUCUUUUUGAUUCAUCUAGUAUUUAUGAUGAACAUAAUAAAAUAAAAACAACAAGUCUGCUGUACACUGAGGAUAAAGAAAUUUUAAAACAAAACCAUCCUCUGAUGUUGAUGGUUACUCUACAAAAACAACAAUUAUUGGGACAUCCAAUAUGUACAAGUCUACUGAAUUACAAGUGGAAGAUCUAUGGAAGAUAUGUGUACUACACAAAUCUCCUAUUAUACAUUUUAUUUUUAAUAUUUUUCACUGGAUAUGUAGUAUCUAACCAUCCUCCUUGUCCCGAUUCUGAUGAAUUUAAAGAAUGUUGUUCCAUAGCAAAUAUCACAGGUUGUCCUCUUGCCUUAGGAAACUGCAAACGUCACGAUAAAGCUUUCCAUCAAUUUUUUGAAUAUAUGUCAACAACAGCUUUAUAUUUUUUGACUGUUGUUCAUUUAUUAAAAGAGGUAAGAAUGAAAUUAAUAUUACAGUCCAAACUUUUGAAGAUAAAAUUUAAUUUGAGUUUGUUUUGGAGGUACCAUUUUAAUAUCUAACUUACAUUUCUCAAUGUCGAGUAAGGAUAUAAUAGAAUAAAUAAAAAAUUUAUUGCUUUAUGGAAUGAAUUUUUAUAGUAUGGUUGUAUGUUGAGUUAACAUUCACUUGGGAAAUGUACAACUGCAUAUACAAGAUGUACCAGCAGGGUUCAAAAGUGUUUGUAUUUUGUGAUAUAAAAAUCCAUUGUAAUAAUAUAUAGCAAGGGUAGCCAAACCUUAUUAUGAUAGGAGCCAUAUACUGCAUAUCAGAAAUAUGUGAGAGUCACAUCCCAUAUUGGAAUGUAUAACCUACAUAUAUAAUUGCAUAUACAUGUAGAAUGGGAAAUGGAGUUAAGCAGAUCUCCUGUUUUGCCCUGGGUAAGUGACUUUAAAAACAAUAGGAUUGUCCUUAUUGGGAAAUGAACCACGAACAAUGAGAACUCUCAUCCCUACACAAAAAGAUAGGUAGACCAUUCUUGGUCUGGAGACCAAAGGAAAUGAAUGGACAAACAGUUCCAAGCUCAAAUUUGAAAGUGAUCAAAGAAUUUACAUACACACAUUCAACUUUGAUGCUAUUCCUCUAUAUAUAUAUAUACAGUAUAUAAAGUCAGACUCUUACCUCCUAAGUAAUAAGGGGUACAGGUCUGAUAUAUGGGAACCACAAUAAGGGUCUAGAAGAGCCAUAUGUGACUAAUGUAUUUCACAUUCAGCCACAUUAAUUAAUAAUUUUCAAUUUUAGAAUUAGACAGGUCACCAUCGAUUGGAAACUGUAAUGAUUAAAUUUAAAUUAAUUGCCUUUUGCCAUUUUGAGAUGUAUAUGCCUGGAGCAUGAUGUAGUAUUUACAAGUAUUAAAAUUUAAUUGAAUUAAUUUAAAUUUACUAAUUUUAAAAUUUUCAGUAUAUAGAGCAGUGGUUCCCAGCAUUUUUAGACUCAUGGAAUGCUUUAAAUAAUUAUGUGAAGGUUGCGCACACGUUAUUUUUAAAUAUAAGAUAAUUAUGACAGACCUGUUGCUCAGUUUCAUAAUAUUUAACUGUUGUUGAUCAUUGUUGAGAGUUUAUGGUACUAGAAUUACAAACUUAAUUCACUUUUUACUACCCAAAAAUGAACUAGCUGUUUCUCAUCAUGUGAUAAUGGAAAUCUUUCUCCCUAUUCUAUGAUAGAAAGAGGGAUUUAAAAAAAAGAGAAGAAUGUUUUAACCAAUUAGAAAUUCUUGGUAAUAGUGACAAAUUAAGUUAAUUUUUUAAAACAAGUUGACAAUUAGAAGGAAGUUACAAGAAAAUCAGUCAUGCAAUCAAAAAAGAAUGUAGGAUUAUUCCGUAUUCAUGUUCAAACCAUGCACAGAACAUAAUUUCUAUCUGUAUACAUGGCUGGUAAUAGCUUAUACACACAGGAUCUUCCAGAAAGAA